AAUUUUGUAAUUAUGCCAAAAAAUGGCAAAGGCAAAAGACCUUUCUUUCUCUAUCAAUUAGAAUUUCCCCCAGCACAAGCUACACCAUGAUGCUUGUGGCUUUCCCUAAAGAAUCAAAUUGCUUCUUUCUUACCAUCUGCCUAAAAUGGGUAGAGCCUGCCUUGGAUAUAUGGUGUUUCUUCAACUCACACAAAAAGGCGCUUCUCCUUAUUUCAUAGACAGCAUGUUGAGAAACCAAGUUCAGGAUUUGGUGAUCCCAAGGGCUUCUUUGGAGAAGCCAAGGCGGUCCAUUGGUUCCUCUUAUUCUUAUUCUAAGCUUCCCGAGGAGCCCAUCAAGCUCUCUGUUCGGAAACUGGAUGGCUCUUCCUUUGAUGUUGAAGUUAUAAAGUCAGCCACCAUUGCCGACCUCAAGCUGGCUGUUCAACACGUGUUUAGUCAUAUGCCAAGGAAAGGUCCCGGCAAGAUUUCAUGGCCACAUGUUUGGGGACAUUUUUGCUUGUGCUAUGAUGGUCAGAAGUUGCUCACAGACACUGAUCAUAUCAUGAAUUAUGGCAUCAAGGAUGGUGAUCAGCUUCAUUUUAUUAGGCAUGUCACUUCCAGCUAUAACCUGACAAAGAUUCAAUCAAAGAGAAGAAUGGCUGCCCAAAAACAAUCAUACUUGUCGAUAUCAAGCUCAACGAGCACUUUAGCAUGUGAACAUAACGGUGAAGAAGACGAAGAUGAAGAUGAUAUGGAGGCUGGGACAUGCAAGAGUGGAAAUGACAAGAAGCGAAGUAUGAUUGUACAACAAGAAUGCCAAUUUGGUCAGUUAUGGAGAAGUUGGUCCUCGCAUUCAAAGACGUCAACCAUUAGAAGAAAAGGAUCAAGCCAAGGCAAGGUUUGCCAGCCUAGAGAUGGUACUAGCUUUGUGGGGAAUUUUAGGAAAAUCUAUCAACUUUGGGGUACUACUAAAUAUUCUCCAAAGCCAAAAUGAAGGGACCACUCGGAGGUUGCCUAUAUGCAUUCAUUACUGCUACUGUUGCUUUGACUUAGCUUAGCACUAAGGCUGUUUUGUUCUGAAUCCUUAACAUUAUGUUUUGUGUCACAACUUUUUAAAGGUUGUUUACUUGCAUUAUGUUUCAUGUUUGAUUGUUGGAGUAAUGGAGAAACAAAUUUAUCGGCUUGCAUUUUUA